AUGGCUCCUCCAGUCUGGACUCUGGUGCUGCUGGUGGGGGCUGCCUGGGGCCGGGGCCACAUGCCUGCCCCUGUCCGGAAAGAGAAGCCUCCGGACUGGAAGCCGGUUGCUCACAGCUCUAGGGAUAACCCUAUUCUCACUCAGUGUGACUUUGAGGAUAACUCCAAACCCCUCUGUGACUGGACCCAAGUGUCCACAGAUGAUGGGGACUGGACUCGAGCCAGUGGACCCUCCCCCAUCGGCAGCAUGGGUCCCCCUGGGGGCUACCCCAAUGGAGAGGGCCACUACCUGCACAUGGCAUCAAGCACUUUCCACCGGGGCGGGGUGGCCCGCCUAUGCAGCCCCCCCAUAUGGAAGCAAGGCCCCCUCUGCGUGCACUUCGCCUACCACAUGUUUGGGCUUUCCUGGGGCGCCCAGCUCAAACUGCUGCUGCUCAGGGACACCAAGAAGAAGCGCCCCAGCCUGCUCUGGAAACACACUGACACCCAGAACCCCUCCUGGAUUCCCACCACUGUCACCGUGCCUAUUGGGCUUACCCUGCCCAGUCAGGUGAUGUUCGAAGGAGUGAGGGGCAGCACAGCUUACCUGGACAUCGCUUUGGAUGCCAUCUCCAUCCACCGGGGCUCCUGCAACCAGAUCUGCAUGAUGCAAACGUGCAGCUUCGACAUUCCAAAUGAUCUCUGCGGCUGGAGCUGGAUCCCGACAGCCUCUGGGGCCAAGUGGGUCCAGAAGAAGGGGUCGUCUGGGGUGCCGAACGUGGGGCCUGAGGAUGAUUUCUCCAGCCCUGGCAGUGGCUUCUAUAUGCUCCUGGACCCCAAGAAUGGAAAACCAAUGCAGAAAUCUGCCCUCCUGAGCCCCCUGAGCCAGUCCUCUGGCUGUCUGAGCCUCUCCUUCCACUACGUCCUCCAUGGCCAGUCACCUGGUGCAGCCCUCACCAUCUAUGCUUCCGUCUUGGGCAGCAUCAGGAAACACACUCUUUUCUCAGGACAACCUGGACCCAACUGGCAGCCUGUUUCUGUCAAUUACACAGCCCAGGGACAAAUUCAGUUCACUGUGGUGGGUGUGUUUGGAGAGUCCCCAGAGCCAGCUGUGGCAGUGGAUGCGAUCAGCAUUGCUCCCUGUGGGGAGAGCUUUCCUCAGUGUGACUUUGAAGAUGAUGCCCAUCCCUUCUGUGAAUGGGCCCAGGCAUCAGGGGAUGGUGGACACUGGACCCGGGGAAGAAAAAAUAUGCACAUCCAGGGUACAGGUGCUUUUGGAGGUUCCAAUGGAGGUCGCUAUAUCUAUGUCGAGGCUGACAACUUCUCUGAGCCAGGCCAGUCUUUCAGACUGGUGAGCCGGCCCUUCUGUGCCCCGGGUGCGAUCUGUGUGGACUUUACCUACCACAUGUAUGGCCUGGGAGAGGGCACUAAACUCAACCUCCUGCUGGAGAGUCCUGCGGGCAGUUUCCCAACUUCUCUCUGGCACCGCGUUGGGUCUCAGAGCCCCAACUGGCUGAACACCUCUGUCACCAUCCUUUCGGGGCAUCAACAGCCCAUGCAGCUGAUAUUUGAGGCCAUCAGAGGGACCAACUCUGCCUUUGUUGUUGCCGUGGGUUUUAUCUUGAUUAAUCACGGGACUUGUCGAGUGAGAACUGUGCCAACGGCGCCUCCUUCCAAAUCCCCAAUUUCCUCCUCUGGCCCUUCUGAAACCCUUGUCUCCACAGAAAAACCUAGGACUCCCACAGAAAAAGCUACAGCUCCCAAAGAAAAACCUAUGGCCGCUACAGAAAAACCCGCUGGCCCCCAUGAAAUAUCCACUGUUCCCACAGAAAAACCCAUGGUCCCCACAGAAAAACCUAUGACCCCCCAGAUAAAACACAUGACCGUCACAGAAAAACCCACUGCCCCCAGUGAAAUAUCCACUGUCCCCGCAGAAAAACCUAUGACCUCCCAAAUAAAAUCUAUGGCCCUCACAGAAAAACCCACUGUCCCCAGUGAAAUAUCCACUGUCCCCACAGAAAAACCCAUGGCCCCCACAGAAAAAGCUAUGACCCCUCAAAUAAAACUUAUGGCUCUCACAGAAAAACCCACUGUCCUCACAGAAAAACCCAUGGCCCUGACAGAAAAGUCCACAAUCCCUACAGAAAAGCCCACUGUUCCCAUUGAAGACCUCACCAUUCCUACUGAAAAGUCCACCAUCCCCAUAGAAAAAACCACAGUCCCAACAGAAAAGCCCACUAUUCCCACUGAAAAACUCACUGUUCUCACUAAAGAGAUCAUCGUUCCUGCUGAAAGGCCUACCAUCUCCACAGAAAAACCGACUGUCCCCACUGAAAAGACCGCCAUCUCCACAGAAAAACCCACUGUCCUCACUAUAAAGACCACCAUACCCACAGAAAAACCCACCAUCCCCACUGAAAAGACCACCAUUCCUGCUGAAAGGCCUACCAUCCCCACAGAAAAACCCACUGCCCUCACUGAAAAGACCACCAUCCCCACAGAAAAACCCACUGUCCCCACUGAAAAGACCACCAUCCCUACCAAAAGGCCUACCAUCCCCACAGAAAAACUCACUGUCCCCUCUGAAGAGACCAUUGUCCUUACUGGAAGGCCCACCAUCCCCACAGAAAAACCCACCACCCCUACUGACAAGAUCACCACCCCCACAGAAAAGCCCACUGUCUCCACUGAAAGGCCCACCAUCCCCACAGAAAAAUCUGCCCUUCCCACAGAAAAACCCACCAUCCCCACUGAAAGGCCCACCAUCCUCACAGAGAAACCCACCACCCCUACUGAAAAGACCACCAUCCCUAUAGGAAAACCUACUGUCCCUACUGAAAAGAUUACUGUCCCUACCAAAAGGCCUACCAUCCCCACAGAAAAACCCACCUUCCCCACUGAAAAGAUCACUGUCCCUACAGAAAAACUCACUGUCUCUACUGAAAGACCUACCGUCCCCACAGAAAAACCCACCAAUCCCACAGAAAAACCUACCACCCCUAUUGAAAAGACCACCAUCCCCACAGAAAAACCCACCAUCCCCACAAAAAUAUCUACUCUUACCACUGAAUGGCACACAGUUCCUAUAAUACCCCAGCCCAGCCCAACACUUGUACCUACUGAGCCAAAAGUCUUGGUGAUGUCUCCUACUGCUCCAGGUACCUCCAUGACCACUACAACCCCUGGAUACACUCCAGGUAAGUGACAGAGCAUCGAACGGUGUCCCCCAAAUGCCCACUAUGAGCACUGCGCCUGCCCAGCAUCCUGUGAGAGACCCACGCCCAACUGUGGGCUCCCCUGCAAACCCGGCUGUGUCUGCAAUUCUGGCUUUUUGUUUCAUGGAUCCCAGUGUAUCAGUGCCUCGUCCUGCAAUUGCUUCUACAACAACAAUUACUAUGAGCCUGGAGCAGAGUGGUUCAGCUCCAACUGCACAGAACGUUGCCGCUGCAGGCCUGGCAGUCGGAUGGAGUGCCAGAUCUCUCAGUGUGGGACACACACAGUGUGCCAGCUGAAGAACGGCCAGUACGGAUGCCAGCCCUAUGCCGGCACUGCCACCUGUGCCAUCUACGGAGACCCGCACUAUCUCACCUUUGAUGGAAGAUACUUCAGCUUCAUGGGCAAAUGCACCUACAUCUUGGCCCAACCCUGUGGCAACUCAACAGAACCAUUCUUCAGGGUGGCAGCGAAGAAUGAGGACCGAGGACAAGAAGGCAUAUCCUGCCUGAGCAAAGUCUAUGUGACCUUGCCCGAGGUCACCGUCACCCUGCUCAGGGACAGGCGCACGCUGGUUGGGGGUAAGCAAGUCACCCUCCCAGCGGUACCUUCUAAAGGAAUCUUCCUGGCUUCAAGUGGGCGAUUUGUGGAGUUGCAGACAGCGUUUGGUUUGCGGGUGAGAUGGGAUGGCGACCAGCAGCUGUAUGUGAGUGUGCCCAGCACCUACUCUAGCAAACUCUGUGGCUUUUGUGGCAACUAUGACGGUGACGGUAGCAAUGACAACCAGAAGCCGGACGGCAGCCCAGCGCAGGACGAGGAGGAGCUGGGCAACAGCUGGCAGACGGUGGAGGACGAGGACAAGGAGUGCCAGAAGAACCCGGCAAUUCCUCCCUCGUGCAAGUCAGGCUUGCAGAACAGUCUGUCGGGACUUCAGUUCUGUGGACGGCUCUUGGACACCCGCGGAGCCUUUGAGGCGUGUCUGCCUCACCUCAAGGCCAUCUCAUUCUUCAAGAGCUGCAUGUUUGACAUGUGUAAAUUCCAGGGGCUGCAGCCAGUGCUGUGUGCCCAUAUGGCAACCCUGACUGAGAUCUGCCAGGAUGCCGGCUACACGGUGAAGCCCUGGAGGGAAUCCCAGUUCUGCCCAAUGACCUGCCCACCCAACAGCACGUACACGCUGUGUGCCACGGUGUGCCCCGCCACCUGCCAUUCCGGGUUCUCUGGCAUGGCCUGCCCGAACCGGUGUGUGGAGGGCUGUGAGUGCAACCCGGGCUUUGUCCUCAGCGGUCUGCAGUGCGUCCCCUUGUCCCAGUGUGGGUGCCUCGAGCCCAUGGUGGGCUACUUCAAGGUGGGGGAACGGUGGUUCAAGCCAGGCUGCAGACAGCUCUGUACCUGCGAGAGAAGCAGUAAAAUUCGCUGCGUGCAGUGGAGGUGCCAGGCCCAGGAGGUCUGUCGUCAGCAGGAUGGCAUCUAUGGCUGCCAUGCCCUAGGGUCUGCCACCUGCACCGUCUCAGGGGACCCCCACUACCUGACAUUCGACGGAGCCUUGCACCACUUCAUGGGCACCUGCAGCUACAUCCUGUGUAGGCCUUGCCAGCUUAGGUCCGGGGAAAACUACUUCGUCGUGAGUGUCACCAAUGAAUUUCGCAAUGGGAACUUGGAGGCUUCUUACGUCAGAUCCGUCCACUUGCAGAUCUUCAACCUGAGAAUCUCGCUGAUCAAAGGCCGCAAGGUCGUGCUGAAUGGUCGCCGGGUGGCCCUGCCUGUGUGGCCUGCACAAGGCCGGGUGAGCAUAAGACCUAGCGGCUCCUUUAUCCUCCUCUACACGGACUUUGGGCUUCAAAUUCGCUACGAUGGGAACCAUCUGGCCGAAGUGACAGUGCCCUCCUCCUACGCUGGCCAGCUCUGUGGGCUGUGUGGCAACUACAACAACAAUAGCCUAGAUGACAAUCUGCUCCCGAACAAAAGGCCUGUGGACAGCUCAGUUGGCCUGGGAGUCGCCUGGAAGUUCCCUGAGUACUCUGAAGCAGGCUGCUUUGCUAAGGGUCCAAAGCCCUCCAGAUGCCAGGAGAACAGAGGGGCAAACAGCUGGGAAAAGAACUGUGAUGUCUUAAUGAACCCUCAGGGACCCUUCUCUCAGUGCCACGGGGUGGUGCCUCCCCAGUCCAGCUUCACCAGCUGUCUGUAUGGCCAGUGUGGGACCAAGGGGGACACCCUGACCCUGUGCCGCUCCCUGCAGGCCUAUGCAUCCCUGUGCGCCCAUGCCGGCCGGGCCCUCUCCUGGCGGAACAGCACCUUCUGCCCUCUGAAGUGUGCAUCCGGCAGCAGCUACAGCUCCUGUGCCAACCCCUGCCCCGCCACCUGCUUCAGCCUGAAUGCCCGCAGAGACUGCCCAGCAGCGCUGCCCUGUACAGAGGGCUGUGAGUGCCAGAAAGGUCACAUCCUGAGCGGAACCUCCUGUGUGCCCCUCAGCCAGUGCGGCUGCAUCGACCAAGAGGGCUACUACCACCCGGUCGGGGAGAGAUGGUACACGGACAACAGCUGUGCCAGGCUUUGCACCUGCUCCACUUAUAACACCAUCUCCUGCCAGCAGACUGCCUGCAAGCCUGGCCAGAUGUGCUGGCCCCUGGAUGGGCUGCUACGCUGCCGAGCUUCAGGUAUGGGAGUGUGCCGCACCUCUAACCACUCUCAGUACCUCAGCUUCGAUGGCGCUUACCGUACCAUCAGGGACACCUGCACUGUCAUCCUGGUGAAAGUGUGCCACUCCACCAUGGACCUGCCUUUCUUCAAGAUCAGUGUCAAGUAUGGGAAGAAGAAAGGCCAAUCUGCUGUUUCCUACCUCAACCAGGUCAACGUUGAUGUCUUUAAUACCCUCAUCACCUUGAUGAAGGACCAGCGUGUGCUGAUCAACGGCACACAGGUCACCUUUCCCUUGACCACCGAGAUCCGAGGGCUCAGAAUCCGUGUUGUUGGCAACAACACCAUACUCUCUUUUAACAUCGGGGUCCAGGUCAAGUUUGAUGGCAAAGAUUUCUUUGAGGUCCAGCUCCCUGGAGCCUAUUACCAAAAGGUCUGUGGCUUGUGUGGAAACUUCAAUGGUGAGGAGGAGGAUGAGCUCAUGAUGCCCAAUGACGAAUUAGCCCAGAAUGACACUGAAUUUGUGGAGAGUUGGCAAGAUAAGGAGUCUCACCCAAAUUGCCAAAAAGAGAGCCAGGAAACCCGAGCCAUACAGCUGCAGAAUCAGAAUAUAAACUGCAGGAGCGAUGACCUCGCCAGAGCUCAGGAACAGUGCCAGGCGGCCUUUCAGACUCUGGCCUGGACUAAAUGUGCCACCAACGUGUUCCUCAGGCCCUUCCUUCUCAACUGUACCCACAACCUCUGUCAGUUCGGAGGCCUAAACCAUGCCCUCUGUGAAUCUCUGGAAAACUUUGCAGCUGCCUGCCGGGCCCAGGGGCUCCAGCCCCCAAUCUGGAGAAACAGCAGUUUCUGCCCUCUGGAAUGUCCCAUCCACACCCAGUAUUCGUCCUGCGUUCCCUCCUGCUUACCUUCCUGCGUGGACCUAUCACGCCAGUGCAGUGACACCCAAGUCCCCACCAUCUGCAAGGAGGGCUGCAUUUGUCAGUCUGGCUUCGUGCUCAGUGGGAAACAGUGUGUUCCCAGGAGUCACUGUGGUGGCUGCACGGACGACUAUGGCAGCUCCUUCCCUGAGGGUAAAACCUGGAUUGCCAUUCGCUGCACCAGAAGGUGUGCCUGCACUUUGGGAACCGUUCACUGCCAGCAGUUCAGCUGCCCCUCUGGCUCCCAUUGCAAGCCCCAAUCCGACGGCACUGGCACCUGUGAUGUUAACAGUAAGAGGGAACAAUGCUCAGUUUACGGGGACCCCCAUUACCGUACAUUUGAUGGGCUCACCUACCUCUUCCGGGGCCGCAUGACCUAUACUCUGAUAAAGACAGUGGAUGUACUCCCCACUGGGGUGGUCCCCCUGAUCGUAGAGGGGCGCAACAAACUGUAUUCAUCCUGGAGCCCGAUCUACCUGCACGAAAUUAUCGUGAUGAUCUAUGGCUACACAGUCCAGCUCCGGGCUCAGCUGGAACUCGUGGUCAACAACCAGAAGGUGGACAUCCCCUACCAGCCCGAUAAGCGUCUGCAGGUUAACCUGCGGGGCCAUCGCCUGUUUAUGACCACGGACUUCGAGAUGCUUGUCAGCUUCGAUGGAGGCCGAAAUGCAGUGAUCACGCUGCCCAGCAAGUACAAGGGGCUCGUGCGUGGCCUGUGCGGGAACUUUGACGGGAACAAGAAGAAUGACUUCAUGCUGCCCAGUGGCACCGUCACCCAAGACCUUGUCGGCUUUGGCAACAGUUGGGAGGUACAACAGUUGGGAGCAACAGUUGGGAGCCUCGCCCGCUUCUCCAGGGCCAUACAGGAGGAGGAAGAGGAGGAAGGGGAGGAGUCAGGCUCCCGCGCAUCGGAAUGCAGCCCGGAGCAGCUGAAGCUCAUCAAUAGCACCCAGGCGUGUAGGGUGCUGGUGGACCCCCAGGGCCCCUUUGCUGCCUGUCACCAGACUGUGGCCCCCGAGCCCUUCCAGGAGCACUGUGUGUUUGAUCUGUGUGCUGCCCGGACCCUCACAGAGCAGGAGGAACUUCGCUGCCAGGUCCUCAGCGGCUAUGCCAUCAUCUGCCAGGAGGCGGGCGCCACCCCAGCCGGCUGGCGGGACCGCACCCGCUGUGCCUUGGUGUGUCCAGCCAAUACCGUCUAUCAGAGCUGUAUGACACCCUGCCCAGCCUCCUGUGCCAACCCGGCAGCCCCUAGGGACUGCGAGGGCCCCUGCGUGGAAGGCUGUGCCACCCUCCCUGGCUAUGUCUACAGUGGCGCCCGGAGCCUUCCCCUGGACCACUGUGGCUGCACCAGCAACGGCAUCUACUACCAGCGGGGUGACAGCUUUGUGACUGAGGAUUGCUCUCAGCGCUGCACUUGCGCCAGCUCAGGGGUGCUGCUGUGUGAGCCCCUCCGCUGCCGCGCUGGGGAGAUCUGCACCCUGGGGAACCUCACUCGUGGCUGUUUCCGAGAAAGCCCGUGUCUGCGGAACCCCUGUCAGAAUGAUGGGCGGUGCCAGGAGCAGGGAACCCACUUCACCUGUGAAUGUGAACUCGGUUAUGGGGGGCACCUCUGCACAGAGCCCCGGGAUGCGCCACCCCCUGGAAAACCAGAAGCAUCCAACUUUGUGGCCAUCCUGUCGGGGAUGCUUGUGCCUGUGGUAGUCAUAGUGCCGGCAGUAACCAGAGAAUGUGUUUCCAGGAAGAGGAGGAGGAGGGAGAACAUGCAGAUCCAGAACAGAGACAGGCUGGCAGACGCUGAUUUCGUUCCAGAGCAUUCCCUUAGAGUCUCUCAGUUUUGAGUUGCCCUCAAAAAAGGAGAGCGAAAAUAAAAUUUAUUUUUUGAAAUGUGAA